AUGUUCAGUUCUGCAAACAAUAAGCUUCUGCAGAACAAUUACUUCGAGCAACUUAAAGCAAGGCCCUCUUCAAUCCUGCUAGUUUAUUUUGCAAUGGGAAAUGUGAUAAGCCAUAUCUCUGGUCGGAAAUCCGUUUGUCAUGAGUCUCGGGGUACCUUGUCGACAACCACCCCCUCUUGGACGGACAUCACUCUAGCAAAAGCACCCCUGAAGCGUAAAUUUAAUUUUGAUGAUGACUUGGCAUCCCCACGAAAGCGACACAUCCUGGAAUCUUAUUCCACUGGCGACAUAAGCCAGGUUGUCGCCACGCCCAAGAUAAAUCGUCACAACACUGACUUUACAAGCCCCUCGGCCAAGCACUUGUACAGGGAGGCGUCCGACACUUUCUUGAAGCACAAGGCAGAUGCUAUACUAGAUCCCUUUUCAAUCAAACAUGUCAAGCUUUAUGAGCCUUGUAGCACCCCGGCAUUCAUACGGUCUUUACCUGCUGAGAUCCUCAUUACUAUCAUUGCUCUUCUGGGAAUGCAGAAUCUAUGCUAUGUUACUCAAGUUUGUUCUCUGUUCAGAGAAAUUGCUGGACCCCUCUUCUUUGCCAACCGGAGCUUCCCAACAUCACCGCAAGAUAUGUUUCACAUUUGUGUAGACUCCUACAAUUUUGAUGUGUUGCUUACUUGGAUACAUAUGGAUACCUUUCGUCCUCCACAUAUGAUGUUAUGUUGGUCAGAUCCUGAUGUGUGUUCCACGCAGCUCUCUGCAUUUUCGCACUUUCUCCAGUCUGUCCCCCACAAAUCCAUAUGA